AUUCAGUUUCCAGAUGAUAUGACACCUACACAGGAAGUAUUUAAUACGACCAUCUCACAUCGCCCAAUAUGUUUCUGGACUGCAUCAGACGUUGACGAUUGGCUGCGAAGGAGGAGACCGAAGCUAGCGCUCAAAUACUCGCUCUUUUUUCUACGGCAUAAUGUUACAGGUCGUGUUCUAGUCGACAUAACAGACGGUGAUCUCGAGGAAAUUGGAAUUGGCUCGUACGACGAGAGACAAGAUUUACUUCUUGAAAUCCGCAAAGAAAAGCUGUAUAGUGAUUUGGACGAAUUAUCGAAGCUGAAAGCACAGAAUCUAAGAGAAUAA